AUUAACAUGAAAAUGGUGGUCAUAUUUUAUUUGUUGCUGAUGCUCAGAGUGGGACGAUGCACAGACGAUCACGUCUUUGAAACGACAACUGUUGAAGUUGGAGAUGAUGUCACUUUGAAUUGUACUCGCCAGACAUCUGCCUUGAGGGAAACCUUGUUGUGGAUCAGGCUUAUUUCUGGAAAAACACCUGAAUUCUUGGGAGGAACAUACACCUUUGAUUAUGAAGAUGUUAACAAGACUCCUCACAUUACAGCAAAACAAGAGCCUGGAUCAUUUAUUCUGCAUAUUCAUGACACAAAGCUGAGUGAUACUGGACUUUACUACUGUUUAAAAGUAAGACGGCUGAACAUGACAUUUUCCAAAUCAACACUUCUGAGAGUUAAAGGACCAGAACCUGAUAUCACUGCUGUCACUCAAGACUUUCCAUCUGAUCCAGUCCGUCCAGGAGACUCAGUGACUCUGCAGUGUUCAGUCCUCUCUGACUCUGAGAAGAAAACAUGUCCAGAAGAACAGAGAGUUUAUUGGUUCAGAGCCGCAUCCGAUCAAUCUCAUCCCAGUUUCAUUUAUACCCAAGGAAACAGUAGUGAUGGAUGUGAGAAGAGUCCCGAAGCUCACUCUCCACAGAAAUGUAUCUACAGCUUCUCUAAGGACGUCAGCUCCUCUGAUGCUGGGACUUAUUACUGUGCUGUGGCCACAUGUGGAGAGAUAUUAUUUGGAAAUGGAACAAAAGUGGAUGUUGAAGAGUUCAACAUGUGGGAUCUGCAGAAGGCCAACACACUUCUGUUUCUGUUAUUUGCUGCUUUGGCUUUAAGUCUGACUGUUAUUGCCUUCCUGAUUUAUACCAUCAAGAAGAAAACUUGUUAUCGUUGCAACGCUGCCGUCACUCUGCAAACAAAUGCUGCAAGUCAGCAGAGAGACGAGGACUCGUUGGCUUAUUCUGCACCGACCUUCACCAAGAGGAAACCUGGCCGAGCAGACAGAAGGAAUGUAAAAGCAGCAGAGGGAGAGAGGCCUUACACUGAUGUCAGGACCUUAGUGAGAAAUUAAUAUCUGCUGGAUUUGCUGAUUAAAAAUUAACAUCAUUUUUGUUUGUUACACUGUUGUAAACAUUUACUUCGCUUCGAUUUCACGGCUGAUAAUGGCAACAAUUUUGUAAUUGGAUAACCUUCAAAUAUGUUUAACGUGUCGUUCUGACAUCAUGUUCGGUCUGUUUGCAACCAUUGUGUGACUUUUUAUGCUCUUAUUAUAUUAAGGCUUUAUAGAUUAUCAUGAUGCAAAACACUAUUAUGUUAGUUGCUUUGAGUGAUAUUCUUUUUGCAUGUCUUUUAAUUAAAGUAUGAAGAGGAUUAGUGCUACCACUCAGACAUGCAGGUUGACAGAUUUACCUUGAAGGAGGAGGGAGUUUGAAUUUUGAGGUGAACCAUUUUCAGGUUUUUCAAAAGUUUUGUUUUUGCUUUUCUUUUAAAAUGGCAUAUUUUCUGUCUCAUUUUUAAAUGUUUCCUUGUGAUUUGUUGCUUUUUAAAUAACUAUUUGCACUCAUUGCAGGAUUCAUUGAGUAUGAAAAAAUGAGAUUGGCGAUUGGUCUUUUUUUGUUGGCUUUUUGCCUAUAUUAGAUAGGAUAGUCUAUGUGUGAAAUGGAGAGAGAGGUGGGUUGACAUGCAACAAAGGGCCGCAGGCUGGAAUCUAACCCACGGCUGCUGCGGUGAGGACAGUGCCUUUGUAUAUGGGAUGCCUGUUCUGCCCACUAAGCAACCGGGCACCCUGUGUUUUUCUUUUUCAAUGUUUUUAACACAGUAGAAAUAAAUAAAAUACUUUUAACUGAUGAGACUAAAAUGGCAGUAAUUUCAUAUUGCUUGAUUUUUCUUGCUCAUGUUGAUCUUUUACCACACUUUAAAUCCAAUGAUUUUCACAGUUUGCUAUGAAGACUUAACAGUGAAAGCAUGUUAUAUUUGCUUCUGGAAAAAAAGCAAACA